AUGUCCACCCCUGCCACUUGGGGUGGCAGGGGCGAGAGGAGGAUCUGGGGGCCCAGGGAAGGGCAGUGGGAGAAAGAUGGUGUUGCUGGAGUCGCAGCUGCCUGCGGAGCGGCCCGGGAGGAAGCGAGGCCGAGCGUGCAGCGUCCACGCGAUGAGAUGUCCGGGCUGAGGUCAAACCCUCUGUGGGGUUUAACCUCAGAGCACGAAGGAUGCUACCUCUCCCUCGGCCACAGCCAGUCCUUGGAAGACAGCAGUUUCAACAUGACAACUAAAACCCUUUUCAUCAUUCACAGAUGGACGAUGAGCAGUAUCUUUGAAAACUGGCUGUACAAACUCGUGUCAGCCCUGCAUACAAGAGAGAAAGAGGCCAUUGUAGUUGUGGUUGACUGGCUCCCCCUGGCCCACCAGCUUUACAUGGAUGCCGUCAAUAACACCAGGGUGGUGGGGCACAGCACUGCCAGGAUGCUCCACUGGCUGCAGGUACCGGGGGAUGAGAGGGAGUCUCCUGUCGCCAGCAGGACCUCAAACCCCAAUCCUCUUAAGAAAUACACAUUGUACAUCUGUUGCCAUAAACUUCUGGAGUCCGAUAAAAAUCUUUGGGAUUAAAAGUUUUCUUGAAUUA